AACCAAUAACAAAUUACACGUGAAGUAAAGUUGGUCGGCGACAACACUGACGAGGGACGCAGUAAAGGCAGACAAAUGAGAAGUAUUCAGAGGUUGUGGUGAAGAAGAUGGUCAAGGCAGAGAAGCUCACGGCUGAUGCCCGACUCAAGACUUUAAUAGACAACGGCGUCAAACUUGGCCAUAGAGAGUUACUGGUGGCUCUCGGUAAUAAUGUGAAGGAACAGGUAAUGGUCAUCCAUCAUUUAAUCUCCAAAUCAUCCGGUGAGCGGCCUUCCAUCCUUUGGUGCCACAAGAAAGACUCUGAUGUUCCGAGACAAAGUCGGAAACACCUGAAGAAACUGGAAAAAAAUUUGAAAUCUGGUAAAUGUGACAUCUCGAAAGAAAAUGCAUUUGAUCUUUUUCUGUUGUCAACACCAGUAAGGUACUGCCCUCUAUCUGACACACAAAGGAUACUAGGAAACACUUAUGGAAUGUGUGUCAUACAGGAUUUUGAAGGUUUGACCCCUAACACACUAUGUCGUGUUGUGGAGACUGUAGCAGGUGGUGGAGCUGUCAUCUUUUUGAUGUCAUGCAUGCAGUCAAUGCGUCAGCUCUUUACCCUUUCCAUGGAUGUUCAUAGCAAGUUGAAGACACAUUCACACCCUUGUGUCACACCCUUGUUUAAUGAGAGGUUUGUGCUUUCACUGGGUUGGUGCAAAUCAUGUUUGAUCUUGAAUGACCAACUUCAGGUUGUCCCUGAGUUGCCAUCUCUUAGUGGCCCAGUUCAUCCAGUGGGUCCCACACGUCUGGAAGAGGUAGAGGCAUCUCAAGGUGCAUUGAGUGAUCUACAGAAGAGCCUAGAGGAUGGUGACAAGCCUCUUCCUCAAUUAGUGGGCUGCUGUAAGACACUUGAUCAGGCAAAAGCUGUAUUGAAAAUGAUUGAUGUGAUCACGGAGAAAGGUGGACGAGCAACAGUAUCAGUAACUGCUGGCCGAGGGCGAGGCAAGUCAGCAGCUUUAGGUCUGGCUGUGGCCGCUGCAGUACACUUUGGUUUGAACAAUAUUUUCGUCACCAGCCCCUCGCCAAACAACCUCGGCACAUUCUUUGAAUUUCUUUUAAAAGGUUUUGAUGUUUUAGGGUAUGAGGAACAAAGUGAUUAUGAAAUUAUCCAGUCAACCAAUGUUGACUUUAAUGAAGCAGUAGUGUGUGUCAACAUAUUCAGGGAAUAUCGUCAAACCAUACAAUACCUGGACCCUGCUGACUCAGAAAAGCUGACUCAAGCAGAGCUGUUAGUGAUAGAUGAAGCUGCUGCUAUUCCUCUUUCUUAUGUCAAAUCUCUGAUUGGCUCAUGCAAUGUCAUCAUGGCAUCCACAGUUAAUGGAUAUGAAGGAACAGGACGAUCUCUGUCUCUCAAGCUCCUACAACAGUUGAGAAAGCAGACAGGGCUGUCAGGAGCAGCUUCUGCAACAUCAACAGUUGUAGAAAGCUCUGUAAACUCAAGUCGAACCUUGCACGAGGUGACUCUUGAAGAAAGCGUACGUUAUAAUGGUGGUGACCCUGUUGAAACAUGGUUACACCAGUUGUUAUGUUUGGAUGCCACCUCCACACUGUCACACAACACAACUUGUCCUCCACCACAAAAUUGCCAGCUCUACUACGUCAACAGAAAUGUAUUAUUGUGUGGUCACCGCGAGAGUGAAGAGUUCCUACAACAGGUGGUGUCCCUGCUGGUAGCCUCUCACUACCGCAACUCUCCAGAUGACUUGCAGGUGCUCAGUGAUGCUCCGGCACAUCACCUUUUUGUCUUGCUGCCACCCAUCGUCUCUGGCAUGAAAGCACUGCCUACUGUCCUGGCAGUUAUACAGGUGUGCUUGGAAGGAGGGAUUCCAGCAUCAGUAUCAAAUGCUUGCAAGAGCCGUGGUGAACGUCCAUCAGGGGAUCUGGUGCCCUGGAGUCUGGCUUCACAAUUCCUGGAUGUGAAUCUUACAAAACUGACAGGUGCAAGGAUCAUCAGAGUAGCAACACAUCCUGAUUAUCAAUCAAUGGGGUAUGGGUCAAGAGCCAUCAACCUCCUCAGUGACUAUUAUAAGGGAAAACACAUUACACUGGAUGACGAACAGAACUCCAAACCUUCGGCCGUUGAAGCAAACCAGGCUGGAGAAGUUAUUGUACCUAGAAAAACAGACGAGCCAUUAUUAUCCAAGCUGGGCGAACGAGUACCAGAGCACCUCGACUAUUUGAGUGUAUCUUAUGGUGUUACUCUGCCUCUCCUAAAAUUCUGGUGCCGAGCUGAAUAUAUCCCACUGUACAUCAGCCAGGUAGUGAAUAAAGUGACAGGGGAGCACAACUGUGUUAUGGUUCAACCUCUUGACGGUGGUGAAGAUGUGGGAGACAAUAAUAACAUGACAAUAAGGAGAAGUUCGUGGGUGAAGAGACCAUCUGAAGAGUUCCUGAGACGAUUUCUCUCCCUUCUUGGAGGUCCUCUUAGUGAUCUGUCACCCAUGCUGGCUCUUAGGGUUAUUCAGGCACAUGUGAACACAGUUACUACAAAUGAAAUUGAAUGGCGGGAGUUGAAGACAGUAAUAUCUGGGCAUGAUCUUCAGCGUCUUGAGAAAUAUUCAAAGAACUUAGCUGAUCGACACCUCAUCACAGACUUGCUUCCAAGUAUUGCGAGACUUUUCUUCAUGAAGAAACUCCCAGCAGUACACUUAUCACCUUUGCAGUCUAGUCUCUUGGUUGGUUUAGGACUACAACUGAAGAGUUUUGAUGAUGUUACCAAACCGCUAGACCUUCCAAUAGAAUCUGCUCUUGGUCAGUUCAACCGAGCCAUGCGCCGUCUCCUGAAGGUUAUGUGCACCGUUCAGGAGACUGCUCUUGCCCGCCACCUUCCGAAGUCCACAGCGACCCUUGCUGAGUUCACACCUGUGUCUAUUUCACUGGAUCAGGACCUUGAAGAUGCUGCAAAGGACUAUGAUGCUGAGGCUGAGAAAAAGGACAAAAAUCAACCAGUUGGAUCGAAGUUACUGGGAGACAUCAGAAGGUUUGCCGUUCAGGGUAAUGAGACCGCAUGGGAAGCUGCUCUUCAGGAAGGGCCAGGCAGCAUAAUCAGUGUGAAAAGCACCAAACGGCCAGCCAAGAUGACAGAGCAAGAACUUGAACUAGAACUAGAGCGCCCCAGUAAGAAGAAGAAAGAUAAGACUGGAAAAAGUACAAGAGAAAUGAAACCUAGUAAAAAAAACUGGUAAGAAGAGUAGAUAGAUGAAAUUGUUUACCCUAAAUGCAAAAGUUCGCAAAAAUUGUUUUUCAUUUGUCACCCUUUUUUCUGUACUGUACAGUAGUAGUAUUUCUUACCUUGGAGUGAUACACGAUUGAGUCAUUUUGCUUCUAGUCCAUACUUUAUAGAUAUUUGAUUUUAUAUUAGGUUACAUGCAAACACAUACAAAAAUGGACAGCAGUAUCAUUUGAUUGUACUUAAGACACCAUUGUUGUAAUAAGCGCCAACCCUCUUGAGUGCAGACAGCAGAAAGAUGAGCUUGAAUCUGUCGCACCAUCUGCAACUGGCCUAAAAUGUGUUACUGAUCCUUUGCCUUCAUGCUUCUUGCUUUCAACAUAAGUGAACCUAUGACAUGGCACCAAGUCUGGUCUUCCAUCCACAUUCUCAACAAAAAUGUAGGUACAUUGUUCAGUUGAAUUCGUAAUAUUUUUACUUAAUACAAAAAAAGAAAAGGACCAAGAACUUAAUAGUGAAUUGGCUUUUGUCUGAGGGAAAAAAAUACGAAUUCAACAAACUGUGGGCAGAGUUUUUUCCAAACACUAUUAAUGUUGGUUUCUUUUACCUCAGCCCGUGAAUCUGCAGUAUUUUUUACAUCCAAAAUGUUGUAGGACUUCCAAAAUUCCUUUAAAGUCCCCAUCAGGAUUAUUCCUUCACACUUGGUCAUGCAAUUUGUUAAAUUAAGGUGGUUGUUAUAUUAGCAACAGAUUCUAUACCUUAAACAAAUUCACGCCUAGGUGGCCAUCCUCGAACAUGACAUGAGGGAAUCCUUGGUGUUUUUUCCCCUGAAAUGCAAGAAUUUGGUCAUAUUUUAACAAGGCAAAUUCUUGCAUUUUUAGGGGAAAAAAUAUACCAAGACUAUAGCCUUGGUGUUCUCUUUUUCUCUAAAAAUGCAGGUAUUUUAGUCAUGGUUUCAUGUUGAAGCCAAAUUUAUGUUAAUACUGUACAGUAUUAGCUGUUUUCACAAGUUUGGUUAUCACAAGUACAGUAAUGGAAAUUACUAUGUUUUAUUGGCUUUGAAUUCAGAAUACAAAAUCAUUUAACCACAUCAUAACCUAACACAAAACUUUGUCGUUAGACCAUUUACAGAUCUAUGAUGUACAGGUACAUAUACAUUAUUUACAAAAAAUAUAUAUUAAACAUCAAUGAGCAUCAGAUAAAAAAAUUCUAUUAUAAAAUAACUUUUGCUUAUCAUUAAAGUUAUGUAGAAUUUUUUUUUAAUGAAAAGUUCAGUUAAGGAAAACUUAAGCUUACAUAUAGUUUCUUUUUUUGAAACAAUACACUGUAUCUAUCUUCAAAGUGCAUGUACUUAGUUUAUGGAAACACCUCACAAGCAAGCUUUAACUUUCCUAUUUAAAGGUUAUUGCACAGGGAAUUUUUGGAAUGUAUGAAUAUUAAAAUCAAAUGAUGGACUUCCUUACAGAUUGCAACACCAUAUCAUUAAUAAUAAAACUCAGAUCUAAAAAUCAUUCAGUACUAAAAAAAUAUAUUAUCAAAGCAAGAAGUUAGCAGAUUUAUCAGCAAAACUCGAUUUACUAUUCGAAAAAGAAUCCGUAUUUUUCACAAUGCAAGCUUUGCCCAUAAGUUUCUGCUUUGUUAAAGUAUUCACAUAUGAGCGACAGGGUGAGAAGUUAGUAUUGGCAGCUCGGAGAGUGUGGGUGGUAGGUACUUAUAGUACCAAUGAAUUCCCAAAGACAUUUCUUCUAAAAAAUUAACUAUUUACAGAAAAAACAAAAAAGCUUACAAAGUAUAAAGGAACAAAGAUUCAACACUGCUCCUGAUGUACCACAAUAUUAUUUACCAUUUAUCAAAGAAAACUACAUUGUAUUCUCUGUUGUCCCACACUUAAUGAGCCAUGCACCAAAAGUAAAAAGAUUGUUGGCAGAGGCAAAUUGCCAAAACAUUGAGACUUGGACUCUUCAGAAACUAACAUUAUGUACCUCAACAAAUUUUAUAUUGAUGAAUGAUGAAAAUACACUGGAAAAGGAAGUUCCUUCUUAGGACCACAUGGCACAGUCUUCCAUUUUAAGUCUCAAUGACCAGCACUUGAAACAGCGGGAAAAUGCCCAAUACUCUCUAGACAAUCUAAUGUUGUGUUUAACCAAAGAAACUAUGAUUUUAAAUAUAAUUUAACCAUUAAAAAUGCCAGUAAAUUUAAUUUAAAGGAAGACACGAUUCAUUCCAAAUGUUUCUUCUGAAUAAGGGAACACAUGAAAAAGUAAAUCAUAUGAAAACUUAACAAAAUGUGAGAGGUAAUAGCUCAUUAAAAUAAUUAUUGCACUACCUCUGCUGUCCAAAUAUAAGACUUUUUACAUACAUGUAAAUUACAAAUGUGUUACAGAACAUAAAUAUAUAUAAUGUAAAAAAUAAUGAGGCAGUUACCUCAUUUGCACUUGAGAUCACAAAGCCUGUUACGACAGCGAGCUGCUUCACUUUACACUAGGGGUCACGUCAUAAAGAAAUCUUUCUUUUUAAAUGUUCUUGAAAAAUAGAGAUAAGACACAAUACAAUGUAUGCAGGAAAGGUCUUUGAUGUACGGCAGUUUCUCUCAAAGUUAUGUGUACAUUACUCUUUUUUAUGAAUGUGACCGAGGUUCUUGCAUUUGGGUAGUCAGUAUCACAGUAACCACACAGACAGAGAAGUUUUCAACUCUUCCAUUUAAAUGUUUGUGUAGUGAUUAUUAAACUGAUAGGCACCACUUUGUGACCAGGCUUGAGCUUCACAUUCUGUGCUCACUUUUGUGCUUUGUACCUGUACUAAUGAAAGCUCUGCUUCCAUCACAGAAACUUUCCACUUUGCACAUCUUUGUCUGUAGGAGCUAGCACAGGAUUGGCUCUUAAUAUUACUCAGUCACAGCACAAAGCUAACCAAAAUAUACUAUACUUGGAACCUCAUCCACACAGCAUUUAUACAUCAUUUUCAACCUUGACAUCCUCAGCGAUUCAGACUAGACAUGAGCAAGGGGCGGCGUAAGCUUCUUGUCUUUUCAUAGCCAAUCUUCAUCACUGACUUUGGGUGUGGGAGGAGUAAGAAGGGGAAGGAUACAAACCGCCCCGGCCUGGUAAGUGACGGCAAAACUUCUCAGUUCCUCCCAGUGCCAGCCAUCUCCACAAAUCAAGUCUUGGGUAGUCUUCAUGCAAGCAGGCAAGCAGGCAGUAAUAUGUAAAUGUGGUCACUGUACAGAAAAUAGGUCUGUUCAUGAGGCAGUGCAUCAAUCUUUAAUAGAUUGAAGUCUAACAUUAUUUGGGUCUUGGUAAAAUUGGUCCAACAACAGGGGGUCAUGCUGAAGGGGACGAGUACUGAAUAUUCUUUGUUCAUUAGUGGCAUUUUCAUUACCAUCUAAAUGAACCUUCCUCAGAAAAAUUAGAGGAGCAGAUCUGGUGAUCAUCAGCCAGCAAGACUUUAAAUCACCUAAUCAACUCCACCUACAAUUCACAAAUCCAAUGACCCUAAUGAGCCUCAAAAAUGACCUUAAACUUAAAUCACCAAAGUAUUCUUCCUUUCUCUUCACACAAUAAUUUCCCUGAUAAUACGCCUGUUACGCGAGUUUGGCGUCGAGUAUCCUGAUUCCAGGGAUUCAUCAAAGCUGAUCUGGGGUUUGUUAUCAGAGUUCAUCUCUGCACCACCUUGUUCAUAGUGCUCCAUGUAUGGGUCCGGCAUGCCACUCACAUCACAGCCUCCAUCUGUAAUAUAUUAGAUAUAAGUAGAGAUUCCAGUAUGAAUAUUUCUGAAAAGUAUAAACAGUCUACUGCUCUAUUCAUUUUAUUGUGACCAGUUAUAUUUAAGGAUGGCCCAAGCAUUUUUACCCUCUUAUCACUCUUGCAAGCCUUUACAAAGCUGCAUGGUAUAAUACAGUACUACAAACCUUAAACUGUACAGUCUAAAUGGAAUAUCAAUUAAAUCUUACCAAUGUGAUCAACGCGUUUCCUGGGCUUGUGUACAGCAGCAUAAGGGUCUCCAUUUGAAAUAUAGUUGCCUCGUGAGCCUGGAUAAUCUUCAACCAUUCCCUGCCCCUGGUAUCCUGCUGGUGGAUAAUGAGAGUAGUCAUCAUAUCCUGAGAUGCCAUAACCACCAUGAACCAUAGGGUCAUACUGGUAACCCCUAGAGUCCUGAGACAUAUGUGGUGCCAUGUGGGUUGUCAUCUGUGGGUCACCAUGGCCUUUCACUUGCCACAAGGAAUCUUGAGAGUUUACUGAACCACCAUUAUUGGAAUUGGAGUAGCUGUUGUCCAUGUAUCCCAUGCCUAGAAAAAGGAAAGAACUAUGUUUAUAAUAAAUUUUAAAAAUUAAUUUCUAAUACAAGCUAGCCCAACCUUCAGUUUGGAUAUUGGUAAUUUGACAUAAUUAACAACUAUUUUUGUCUUACCUCUUUUCAUUCCAAGUUUGGAAUCUUCAGGUACAGUAUAUGAAAAGGGAAAAUACAGUAUUCAGUAUAUGUUAUACUGUAUUGUGAAAAAGAUCAUUAUUUCAGUGCUGUACUUUACUCCAUAUUACAUGUCUGAAUAAGUCACCUUGAAAAGUGCACACAGUAUUAAACUUAUUUUUUACUCAUUUUGUACACCAUCCCCUCCCCUCCUCCACUUUGUCUCCAGGUGUAGCACAAAGUUCAGGGCAGUGUACAUUGAAUGCAUCACUACGUGUUCUUAAUUUCAUUUUAAUGUUUUGCUCACCCCAACCCAACAAACAUCCAUACAAAUUUUAUUUGCAUAAAAUAAAUGGAAUUAUUAAUUUUACUUAAAAUGAAUUAAUAAACAUUUUAGAAUGAUUAUGUUUUGCAUACUUUUUGCAAUCAAAAGUAACUAUUACAACUAUUUUCCCCAUUUUGUGAUCUCUCCAAACUGUGUUGUGUGAACCUACAGUGGAGAGCAUCCCCCAAAGAAUGAUGUAAUCAGACAAUGAAUGUUUAACACUAAAGCUAACAUUAAUAAAAACAAUAAAUAUGUAUGUUCCAACUUGAAAAUUAAGUUCUGUACAGCAUAACUUGAAACAGAAAUAAGAAGCUAUUGCACUCGCACAAAAUUACUUGUUGGAGAAGUACAGUACAGGUAUCUGAAAAUUAGAUGUGUUAAUACAUCAUAUUCAAAUAACUUGCUCUGUUAUUACAUUACACUAAUCCUUUGUAAGCAAUGCAUUAUGGUAUACCUGUAUAAUAAAUUUAACUUACCAUUAUUA